UGCAAAUGAUGUGUGUGACUGCUGCUCCUGCUCCGACUCCGACUCCUCCUGCUGGCAGCAACAGCCAGUUAGUUGGGUAUUGGAUUACACGACACUUGCACAUUUCUGCACCAACACCGCAGGCGUUAGGUUCAGUUCAGCUGAGCUGUCUCGGGUUACACAAGAUGUACAGGCCAACAACUGCAGCCGAGCAGGCUGAGCAGCCGUCCAGCUCCUAUGUGGAGCAGCGUUUGGCGUCGAAUCCCGACCAUGUCAGUCCCAGCUACUCAGACAGCGAACGCUAUGUGGCGCCGCGUGUGGCCAAUCCCAAUUACGCUCAGGUCGAGUAUGGCAGGCCAAGAGUGAACGAGUACAAUGCUAUAGAACGCACCACCAAUAGCACCACCAACAGCACCACCAGCAACAACAGCAGCAACAACGACUUUGUGCGAACAAAUUCCAACUUUGCUUUACCCGCGCAGAUGCGUCCAGUUGCUGGCCCGCCACAGCCACGCCCACCCUUUGCCGGCGCACGUCCCAUGGCGGGCGUGGGACCACGUCCACCGCUGCCGCCCAACAUGGCGGGCAGACCGCUGCCGCCGCCGUUGCGUCCCAUGGACAGCAAGAACAAUCUGUUGAUGGGACCGCCGCAGCCGCAGCCGCCGCUCAAUAUGCGUCCAGGCAUGCCGCCAGCCAGGCUACCCAAUCCGGGCGGACCCUUGAGUCCGCCUGGAACGCAGGCGGGUCCCAGGCCGCCGGGCGGCUUUCCGUGGUCGGGGCCGGGGCCCAUGCAGCGUCCGCCACAGAAUAUGACGCGUCCGCCGCCCACAUUUGCCAGGCCCAUGCCCGGGCAGCCGCUGCAGGCGCCCUUUCGACCGCCGCUCUACAAUCAGCAGCAGCAGCCGCAACAGCAGCAGCAGCAGCAACAGCAGAUGCAACAGCAGCAGCCACAUCAGCAGCCACAGCAGAUGCAGCCGCAUCAGCAGCCACGCCCACCUUCUGCCAGCAGCUUGCACAACGAAGAUGAUGACGACGUCAUCAUGGGUCAGGCCCAAACCCCCAUCAAGAGCUACAGCAUGAAGCCAGAUCCCAUGGGCUCGCCACUGCUGGAGGAGACGGAGCCACCGUUCGAUGUCACACCAACCACUCUGGGCGGUCACAGUAAGAGCUCUACUCCAAGUGGGCAGGGUGACAAUGACAGCGGCGUGGAUGAGUCCACUCAGGAGAAGGAUCGCAACGGACCGAACUCACCCAGCUCGCCGGUCAAGACGCCCACAUCGAGCUCCUCGAAGCCGGACAAGUCGGGCACAUCGCGCCCACCGAGUGCCACGCCCUCAAACAAAUCAGCAUCCAAGUCGCGCAGCGCCUCAAAGAACCGCUUGCUGCUCAAGACCCCUGAGCCGGAGCCGGCCAAGAAAGUUCCAAUGAACAAGGUACAGGUCGGUCAUGCGCCAUCGCCCAAUCUGAAGGCGGUACGUUCCAAAAUUGGCUCGCUGGACAAUGCCACCUAUAAGCCAGGUGGCGGCAAUGUCAAAAUUGAGUCGAAGAAAAUUGACAUCAAGGCCGGAUCGCGCAUCGAGGCCAAGAAUGACAAAUACAUGCCCAAGGGCGGAGAGAAGAAGAUAGUUACAACAAAGUUGCAGUGGAAUGCCAAGUCGAAGAUUGGCUCGCUGGAUAAUGCGGCCUAUAAGCCAGGCGGCGGCGACAAGAAGAUCGAGUCGCUCAAGAUGGACUUCAAGGACAAGGCCAAGUCGAAGGUCGGCUCCAAGGACAACGUCAAGCAUCAGCCCGGCGGCGGCGAUAUUAAGAUCCAAUCGCAAAAAAUAGAAAUUAAGGCACAAAGCAAAGUUGGAUCUUUGGAUAAUGUUAAGCACAAGCCCGGUGGCGGUGAGAAGAAGAUAUUCGAUGAUAAGGAUUAUUUGAAAAAUGUUGAACACUCUGUUGCACUGACAACACCACCAACACAGAGUCCACAACCAUCCAUGACGGCUUCAACAAGCGGCGCUGAUGAAAAUUUAAAUCAACAAAGUUAAAUCCUGUCCAA